GAGCACUUUCGAUUUUCGUUCUGCUGCUCACGUGCACGUCUUUUUCGCGAGCACGAGCUCAGCAGACGUUGAAGUGUGGUGGGCACCAUCAUUCUAGGUGAAACCAUCAAACGAGCAGGUUGCAAAUCGUCGUUCUGUGCGCUGGAAACCGUAGCAAUCUAAAUUUGCAGUGAAUUUUAAAAGCAGAAUUUGGGAAAACCACCACCACGCUCCGGACAGGUGUCAUAUUUCGCCACUAGAAAGCCGUACAAGGUUGACUCAGGCGUGGGUAUAGAACACACAAUGGCUUCGUUGGACCAAAAACGUGAAGCAUUCCGAAAGUAUCUCGAAUCGGCGGGCGCUAUCGAUUGUCUCAGCAAGGCGCUCAUCCGACUGUACCAGGAAGAGCACAAGCCCGAAGAUGCGUGCAAGUUCAUCCGGCAGGUGCUGUGUGAAAGCUGUCCUACCGACGAACAGGUGACGGAAAGCUUGGAAGAGCUCGCCCAAGCCCGUAAGCGUAUCCAGCAGCUGGAGCGCGAAAAUCGAGGACUCGUACUUAACGUACGCCGUACGGCAAGCGAAACCAAUCUUGCGCUCGACCAAGGCCUUCAGGAUCUGGCGGAGGAUGAAGGGUGCAGCUCGUUGCUGAAGAAACAUCUCACCCAGGCGCUACUGGAUACGCUGAGGGAGCUGAAAACGCCAGCCUACAAAUCGACCCUUCUCGACUGUAUCCAGUCGGGCUUGAAGCAUCGGGAUUCGCACGUUGGACUGUAUGCGGCCGAUCCGAUGGCGUACAGCGUGUUUGCCGAUCUGUUUAAUCCACUCAUCGAGGAGUAUCAUGCGGGCUUCGGGGCGGAAGAUAAACAGCCGGACCUUAGCUGGGGAGAAGCGACCGAGCUCGAGAAUCCGGAUCCGGACGGUGCGUACGUCGUGUCGACACGGGUGCGUUGUGCCCGGUCGGUUGAAGGAUUUCCCUUCCAUCCACGCAUGGGAGAAGAUCAGUACGAAGACAUCUACCGGAAGGUGCAGGCAGCGCUGCAGAAUCUGCCCGAGGAGUUGCAGGGUGAGCUGCAUUUGCUCGAUGCGCUCGAGGCGAGCAAAAAGCUGGAGCUGACCGAGGGACACUAUCUGUUCAAGGAGUGUGACCGCUUCCUGGACGAAGCUCAGGCCAAUCGGUUCUUCCCGGCGGGUCGAGCCAUCUUCCUGAACGAAGCGAAGACCUUCGUGGUUUGGGUGAAUGAGGAAGAUCAUUUGCGUAUCAUUUCCAUGCAGGAUGGUGCAGAUAUCGCGCAAGUGUAUCAACGAUUCAUUACCGCGCUGGAAACGCUGGGCAAUCAGAUUCCCUUCCAGCGGGACGAACGGCUCGGGUAUCUUACCUUCUGCCCGACCAAUCUCGGCACGGCCAUCCGUGCCUCGGUGCACAUUCGGCUACCGAAGCUGAGCAGCGAUAAGGCCCGUCUGGAGGAAGCGGCCGCCGCUCACAAACUACAGAUACGUGGCGUACACGGCGAGCACACGGACACCGAGGACGGCGUGCUGGACGUGUCCAACAAGCGGCGCCUUGGGUUGACCGAGUUCGAGGCUGUCAAGGAAAUGGUGGACGGCGUGAAGGCAUUGAUUGAGCUGGAAAAGGAGCUGGAGGCUGGCGGUGGUGGUGAAGCUGAAGCUGCGCCCGCCGAGGAAUAGGCUCCGAUUGUUGGGUCGAAGUUAGGAAAUGACGCUUUGCUAGUUAAAUUUGCCUGUUAGCUAGAUAAUCUGCCAGUACAAUCCAUGUUCACGUUGCACGGACUGAUGCUUGAAGUUGCUCUAGACAUGUUGAAGUCAUGCGUUCAAAAUAAACCCAAACCAAAUUCCAACCGACCAA